GAAAGAAGAACCCGCGCACCUUCACUACUCUCGAGACGAUCUAGUUAAAGUGAUGGAUUUUUAAGGAUAUUCCUACAGUUCUCGUAACAGAUUAACAACAUUUAUACAUUAUUAACAGGAGAAACACCCUUGAGAACCCGGCUACUCAUCUCUGUGGCCUUUAAAAAUAGUCGUGGCAGAGGGUUUCACAAUACGGGCCGGGGAGGUUCCGUAAGAAAAGAGUAGCUGUUCACUUCGCUCACCGCCGUCUGCCAGGCUACGUGCCGAAAGCGCCUGUCCAAUGGGGGGAGAUAAUGCAGGAGCCAUGUCGGACAAUUACUACAGCCAUGGGGAGUCCCACACCGACCGUUUGGCCCGCAAGGCAAAAGAUGCACCCUUUAUGGUAGCGGGUCUGGCUGGACUUGUGGGCUUGGUGGGCUAUGGGAUAUACGGCUUCAAGAACCGCAAGGUGAAGACGUCCGUGUAUUUGAUUCACUUCCGUGUGAUGGCACAGGGCUUCGUGGUGAUGUGUCUUACAGCAGGCGUUGGGUACAACAUUUACCAGCAGCGCAUCCAACCCUGGCUCUACCCACCCAGCAUAGAGGAAAAGAAGGAGUAAGAUGGCCCCACACCUCCUGCCGGUAACUGACAGAUGCUUCCCCAUGAUAGUCUGCAUUAUAUCUUGCAUGUACCCUUCCCAGGAACUAUAUGAGGAAUGUGCAGCAGUUCCUAAGUCUGUUAUAUUCCUUGGGAGAAAGACGCUUGUUUUAUUAUAGAAGAAUUAUUAUUUUAUUAUUUGAUAUUUAAUGCAAAAGGAUUAUUAGAAUGACUGUAGUGUGUUUGGUGAGAUGUUGUGUUUAGUUGGCUGUGUUAUGAAGAGAAGCUAAGAGAAGAAUUUCAUAAAUUUACUGAUGAUUAUGUAUUAACCAAAGCCUUUUUUUUUUUUUUUUUUUUUUUUUUCUUUUUUUUUUUUUCAGUGAUAAAAUAUUGAUCAGUUAUUGUGUAUUACAGGAACAAAGUCAAGAUAACCAAAAAGAAUUGCAGGUACACUGACAUUUUCAGAGUCAAACUGUUCAAAGGUUACCACUUGUUGAAGAGGAGAGUAUUAAUGUUUUAGCUUUAAAUUUGAACUCUCCGAAGGUAAUCUCACGGUUAGGAGAUUUAAGUUAUUAAGUGAAACUUGUCCUGGUAUUAGAAGGCUAAGCUUUAGCUUUAAAAGGCUCACAGAGUCCAUGUCAGGCUAAGUUUAAUCUUGUUUCAUUUGAUGAAAUAUAGAUAUGCUUACGUCCUCUGACAUUAACGCUGUAUAAAUAAAUCAGUGCAGUAAUCUUGCUGUAAGAUGUCCCAAGGAACUCAACAACAUUAGUGACUGAGGAAAUGUGUAAAUAUGAAUAUUGUUAUAUUUGAUUGUAAAUAUUUAUUGUCUUUAAAUUAUUGAACAUCCCACACUUCUAUCAGGUGAUGAAACAACAGAUAUUUUAUAGUAUUUUACAUGUUGAGUUUUGUCCAAAGAAACUGUAGACAACGGGUUUCCACUCAGUUUAUCAUUCAGCUCUUUAUUUUGUGUAAUAAUCAAUUGCAUAAACUGUACCAGUGCUCUGUUAUGUACUUGUCAUAUACAUUGCUUGAAUAUUGUCUUCUGUCUGCCAUUCAGGAACACCAUCCAUUUAUGUAAAUCCCUUACUUCAGUUUUACACCAUUUAUUUCACUAAAGUCUUAGAAAGGUUUUCCUUAUUCAUCUCCCAUAAACAUCCCUGCCUUUAUUAAUGACAUUCUGGACUGUACAUAACAGAAACCAUAUCUCGGAGAGUGAUGUAUGACUUUCCUUUGAGCAUGCUGUCUUGGUGAACAAAUGUGUGGGUGGAGGCUUGUGUUGUGGGCAGUAGCCUGAGGUGACUCACUACACUGCCUACAAUACAUUCCUUGCCUCUACCCAAGUGUGAAGGUCAGUUGUGUGUUAGUGUGUUUGUGCAUAUUACUGAAAGUGUGAACUGUUGUGAUACAGCCAGAUAUGAUAAGAUAUUAGAGCCUGUAUAAUUUUUUAAGGUGGAGUUUGACAUUAAAAAACUUGUCUAUGAAGUGAUGUUACAUAAGAUCAUAUGUGGUUUUUGAGGAUGGUGUUUGAGUGGUUAGAAAGUGAAAAGGUACACAUUUAUCUUAUCUGAAGACACAUAAGAGUAUGUAUAGUUCAACUUCUUAGAUAAUGAAAAUGUGAUUAUC